CGCGGUCGCCAUGUCGCCCGUCUUGUCUCCGACAGCCAGAGUCAACGGUCCCGUCGAAAGAGAAAGCAGCGGACGACACGAUGGCGGACGAGGACGGCGAGCUGCGGGCGUCCGUCUCCGUCCCGGCUGGGGGGGGACAGCCCAAAACCGGCGAGGAGCCGCUGGGAGCCCCCUCUCACUGCACGGCAGACACCCAGACGGAGUUUCGGGAGAGCGAGGCCCAGACCGAACCCUACGCCCCCAGAUAUGCGCCCGGACCCGGGACCCCCCCGGAGCUGCUGACCCUGGCUUCUCUGAAGACGGGGCGUGGUCUCCCCCCCAGGCUGACGGAGGUGGAGAAGCUGGAGUUUGCCCGAAGGAGGCGUGCCCAGGAGAUGCUGCUCCCGCCCUUCAAUGACCUCACACAGCUCGCCAAGCGGGAGAGGAUGAUGAUGGAGAUAGAGAGGGAGAGGUGGACGUGCAGGGAGAGGGAGAUCCAGAGGCAGCACGACGCCCGGUUGGACCAGCUGUCCCAGCAACUGUGGCAGCGGGAGCAGCUCCAGCAGAACGUCACCAACAAGCGCCUGGAGAAUCGCUUCGUCCAGCGCCAGCGCGACAAGACCGCCAAGAUCGAGAAGCUGCACAAGGACUACUUCUCCUCUCUCAGCAGGCUGAUGGACAGCAGGCGGGAUGUGGGCGGGGUGCUGGAGACUCAUAAGAUCAUGAAGGAGUACUCAGCGCAGGCGAAACGGGUGUUUGGGCCUCGCCCGCACAAGAGCCACGCCCCCGACCUGGACGCCCUGCUGCAGGCUGUGAAGAGCAAGUACCUGGGCAGCUACGAAGGUCUGAUGGAGCUGGAGGCCCACAUCCCGUCCUCGGUCACUGAGCUGUGCAUCAGCGCGCCCAAGCCCAAGUCCUUCAAGGGCUUCGUCAAGCGCACCGAUCGGCAGGAGCUGAAGCUGAUGAGGAUACAGCAGACCCUGAAAGCGGAGAAGCUGAAGGUGGAGGAGAAGCCGUACCGGUUCCUGCGGCGGCUGGAGAAGCCCCGUUUCCCCGCCCUGGUGGCCGAGCACCUUCCCGAGGAUGAUGAGGAAGACGAUCUGCCCAUCAUCUUCCUACAGAAGGCUUUGAAAGGAACAUCUUUCAUGGCCUUGGUGUAUGAGGGCAAGGAGAGGCGUUUGGAGCUGAUCCAGGAGCUGCGCAGUACUCACGCUCUCCAGCAGGGGGAGCAGGAGCUGCAGAAGGCUGAGAAACAGGCCACACUGGCCCUGCAGAGACAGAGAGAGCUGCAGCAUCACAAGGAGUCAGAGGCCAUCGGCUACCGGUGGGGCAUGGUGGGCAAGGUGGUGGCGGACAUGUUGGACUUCCUGUCGGAGUAG